AUGCUCGCGCACGCGCGACGAAAGCUCGCGAGAGAGCUGGGAGGGCGACUCGCGACGACGGCGACGGUGCACGGAACGCGUCGUGAGGGCCAACGGGCGUGCGUGUCGUCGUCGAGCGCGAGUCGAGGGAAGGAGAUCCAGCGAUUUAAGGUGUACCGGUGGAAUCCGGAUUCGGGCGAAGAACCGCGGUAUAAGACGUACGAUGUGGACGUGGGAGAGUGCGGACCGAUGAUGCUGGAUGUGUUGUUCAAGAUUAAGGACGAACAGGAUCAGACGCUGAGCUUCCGAAGGAGCUGUCGGGAAGGGAUCUGCGGUUCGUGCGCGAUGAACAUCAACGGGAAGAACGGCUUGGCGUGCCUGACCAAGGUCGAUCGAGGGCAGAGCGGUGACCAGACGAUCGCGCCGUUGCCGCACAUGUUCGUUGUGAGGGAUUUAGUGGUGGACAUGGCGAACUUUUACGCGCAGUACAAGUCGAUCGAACCGUUUUUGAAGACAAAGUCCGACGCGCCGGCGGACGGGAAGGAGCGAUUGCAGACGAAAGAGGAUCGGGCCAAGCUCGAUGGCUUGUACGAGUGCAUCUUGUGCGCGUGCUGCUCGACGUCGUGCCCGUCGUACUGGUGGAACAGCGAUAAGUACCUCGGACCGGCGGUUUUGCUCCAGGCGUAUCGCUGGAUCAUCGACUCCAGAGACGAGUUCACCCAAGAGCGAUUGGACAACGUGAACGACGCGUUCAAGCUGUACAGGUGCCACACCAUCAUGAACUGCAGCACGGUGUGUCCGAAGGGUUUGAAUCCCGCGCUUAAGAUCGCUAAGAUCAAAGCCAUGGUUUAG